AUGUCUUCUGAACAAUCUUCAGUGUCUCCCUCGGCAACAUCUCAUUCUGCUUCUCCUUCUAUUAAUCAUCCAGGACCAGAAAGGGAAUCUGAACAGCAUACUUGCCGUAUAUGUAGAGGGGAAGCCACUCCAGAAAAUCCAUUGUUUCAUCCAUGUAAAUGUAAAGGCUCUAUUAAAUAUAUUCACGAACCAUGUUUAAUGGAAUGGAUUUCUUUUAAAACUUCACGUAAUAUCAAUGACCCAACUGAUCAUUCUGAGGUCAAGUGCGACAUUUGCCACUAUCCAAUAAAAUUUAAAACUUUGUAUGAUACAAAUACUCCAGAGCAUAUCCCACUGAAUGUCAUCGUCAAAAAUUUUUUACUCGCCAUCUUUUCCAAAAUUAAAUUCGUCAUCACUUUUAUUUGGCCACUUUUAUUAUUUCUUAUUUAUGGAACUGUAUGGUAUUUUGUCGGAAAUUUAAUUAACUUUACCUUUGAUAAUAAGUUACCCUUUGAAGGCCAAAUUUUAAAGAGCUUUGUUUGUGGCUCAAACGUACACAAAUAUGUAGAUAAAAAUUAUUGCUCAAAAAAUAACACCACCGAUACCAUUCACAUUAAUGAAAUAUUUUCGAUUCUAAAUAACAGAAUAGUUACUAGCUAUUCGCUGGUCAUCUUUAUUGUUAUUAUUCACAUAGCUCUGUAUUUCCAGUAUGACUUAGUGGUUAGAGAAAAGAUUUUUAAAAAAAUGUUAGCGUUUAAAAUGGGUCCCGAAUUUAAUAGACUAGAUUUUUUUAAAAAAUUAUUAAAGCAUAACCACCCCAACUUGGAUGACAGAGUUGCUGACUAUCUAGCUAAAAUGGCAGUGGUUAGAGGUGAUUCUAAUCGCCAAAUUGACCAUCAUAUUAAUAACGGCCAAAAUCUUGACGAUUUCCGCGUUGUUUUGCCUCCCGAUAUUGAAAGAUUAGCAGAUGCUUUUGUACCCAAUGUUCCAGUAAAUUUACCUACAGAAGGGGUAAACGAAACUAAUGACGUCCAGUUAGAAGAUGCUCCCCAAAACCCUGGCCAAGUGGGAGCCGAAGAAAAUGAACCAUUCAAUGAUUUAUUAGUUAAUGGCGAUCAUAACUAUGAUGUAGGCGCUGCUGCAGAGUUCCAAGAUGAUGAUGAUGACGAUGAUGAUGAUGAUGAUGAUGAUGAUGAUGAUGAUGAUGAUGAUGAUGAUGAUGAUGAUGAUGACGAUGAUGAUGAUGCCGAUGAUGAUAUUGAUGAGGUUGGUGUCAUUGUUAAUGAAGUUAAUGAAAGGAGAAGAGUAUUUGUGGAACAAGCAGAUGCUGGUGACAACAUUUUUCAAAAUGGUAACAAUAGGCGUGGUAAUUUACGUGAUGACCCAGCUGCUGCUGCUGCCGCCGCUGAAAAUAGAUUCAACGACCCAAAUAUACUUAAUGAAAAUCAAGAUAACAUAAACCCUCAGAUAUUACAGGUUGUUUUAUCUUUAAACAUGGAUUUUGUUAGUUUUUUUAAGUACAUGAUUAUUGGUACUGUUUUGAUUUUUUUUUAUAGAUUAAUCUCAUAUGCUUUGCCAACAGCCUCUGGUUAUUUAUUGAUUAAGCUAUACACUGGUGUACUUUUCGGUAUUUCCAAAAUAAUUAUGGGACUCAUUAACGUAUCAAAGAUAAAAUCUCUUUUCACCAACUAUGUGUUAAGAUAUGACCAUUAUGUGACCCCCUUUAUUUCCAAGAAAAUCACUUUUGUCUCCCAGCUCAUUUCCAGAUACUAUUACCAGGGUUACUUGGCUAAUGAGAUGGGAUAUUCCUUGCCCUUACGUUUAUUACCAGUCUUUGUUACAUACGCAACUGUUAUUUUAUCCAUUUGUUUAACUUGUGAAUAUAUGGGUAAAGGCCAUGGUAGGAAAAACCCAAUUAAAGGUGCUACUGCAAGAUCAAUUUAUAAGAUUUUAUUUUCCAUCACUUAUACAGCCAAAGUGUUUUUUAUAUUUGUUACCGAACUAGCUGGUUUCCCAUUAGUUGCAGGUAUGAUGAUUGAUUGGUCCCUGAUAACACCUUUAUUAUUGCCCCAAAGCGAAUCAUUUUUUAUUUUAAAUCAUUUUUCCAUGAUUUUUGGUCUUCUACCAUCGGUAAUUUUAUAUUGGGGUGUUGGUACUUUGUAUAUGUACUGGUUCUCGAAGUAUAUCGGCAUGAUUAGAAAUUACAUUAUUAGGCCUGGUGUGUUAUUCUUUAUCAGAUCACCUGAUGACCCAAACAUCAGAAUUUUGCACGACAGUUUGAUUCACCCAUUGAAAAUCCAACUAUCUAGAUUAGUCUUGAGUAUGCAAAUUUAUGCAGUCUUUAUUUUGGCAGGUUUUGGUAUCCAUACCAGAUUGCUAUUUCCAUAUUUUUUGUCGCCGGCCAAAUUAAUUCCUUUCACUCCAGAACCAAACGUGGAAAAUGCAUAUUCCUUAUCCGUCUACCUAUUUUUAACCGGUGCCGGUUUGUAUUUGACUAAAGACAUUUUGAAUUCUUAUUCUUCUACUAUUAGUGUUUACGCUAGGUAUUAUUGGGAUUAUUGUUUUACUGUCUCUUGCUCAAAAUUGCGUUUGUCGUCCUUCAUCACCAACAAGGACUUUGUUCAAGAAAGAGGAUAUGUUCUAUACAGAAAUUGGUUUUAUGCAAUUUUUAUGAGUGACAAAGCCAAAUUGUCCAACCCUGUUUUGUACACUGAACCUCAGAGGAAAAAAGUCGCCUUGCAACUAUUUAAAGAAAAUAAACAUGUCCAUGCUUAUUUUAUUCCUGACGGAUUAUUGAUUCGUGUUCCAGAAAACGAUAUUGUUUCAAGAAAUUUUAUUCAAACUUUAUUUGUUCCCGUUACCAAGGAUGAUAAAUUACUAAAACCUCUAGAUAUGGAAAGAAUUAAGGAAGUAAAUAAAAGGAAUAAGGGUGAUUAUGAAAUUUUGGAUACUCAGACCACUGAAUAUGAUUCAUAUACUAUUGUCUAUUCUCCUCCUCAUUUCCGUAUACGUUAUUCCUUACUUAUUGUCAUGGUUUGGGUUUGUUCUAGCGUCCUGUUUAUCUCUUUAGCUCUCCUUUCACAUUAUGCAAGUAAACCUAUUACCAUGCCUUUUGUCUUUUUAUAUGACUAUACUAAUUCCAAAGAAUUCAAUAUUAGAAGCUAUUUCCAACCACCCUUGUCUAUCCCUCACAUUUGUAUAGGGUCAAUUAUAUUUGCCCACUCUUUGGCCAGGUACGAUAAAUAUAAGGAGGAGCAAAGACAAAUGCAAGAGAGAAUUGUGCAACAAGAGCAACAGCAGGAACAACAAGGGCAACAAGGACAACAAGAAAUCAAUGAUGGCGCAAACAUCGUUGCCAGAAGAAUUAUAGGCUUACAAGAAGCCCUACGUGCUCAGGUUAGAAGACUUUUGAACAACAAUAUCAUAGCUAUGAUGGUGAAAUCAUAUAUGCUUAUUUCUAUAACAUGGUUAUGGUUUGCUAGAAUAUCUUUGGUGGACCACGUUUUUUAUGAUUUCUACAAAAUUUAUUUCAAUCUAGCGUACAAACCACAAGACGAAGUUUUAACCGAAAGGCUAUUAAGAUCACUUUAUCCACUGCUAAUAAAUGAAGGUUCUAUUGAACCUACGAAAUGGGCUUAUAUUCCAAGUUUCUUUUUUGCGUUGGUGUUGAUUUAUCGCCAUGGUGAUGUUCAAGUUAUCUUUAAAAAAUCUUUUUUACCGCUAUUAUUAGACACAUUUAAAAUUAUGGCAACAAUGUGGACUGUAAACAGUAUACUAUAUAUUUUGAACUAUCUGACGCAUAAGGAAAGUUAUUUAGCACACAAUAUAUCUUUUACUUUUUUUAAUAUAAUUGUGCGUCAAGGAUUUGCUGUUCCUUCGAGUGAUAUAGUACUGAAAACAAAUAAUUUCACUGUUUUUGAGUAUUUAUUUUUCUAUUACCGUUUUAUUUUGGUCUUUGUUUAUUUUGGCUAUAAAUUUUUCAGAUACAUGAAGCAGGUUUCUGGUGCAAUAAAUGAUGUUGUUAAAGAUAGAGUUUAUGGUAGAGGUAGGACUUUGGAAAAUUUGAACGAAGAAUGA